AUGUUACCACUCCUUCAUCUACCCCCGACGCCGCCACGACCACCCCCAACAUCAAAGCUACUAUCGCCACCACUAUCGCGACCGCUAGGGCAACCGCGGCUGGAAAAGCCGCAGGUGGCGCCUGUGACCGAGCACCUGGGUUGGUGGAGCUGUUGUCGCCGUGGGCGUGGGCGCAUCCUGCUGGCUAAUACCACCACUGCCUUUGGUCCUUUCCUCGCUGCGGCCCCGGAUAGCCGGGCGGAAGUCAUUCGCCAAUCUCUGGAGAUGAGGUGGCUGAAGCUGUGGGUGUUAAUGUUCUUGGCCGUUGUCUUGGUUUUGGCGAUGGCUGUGGGCCCCGUUCUGAUGAUCAUGUUAUCCAGAGGUUAA